CUGAGCUGUCAUGUGGCGUUUACAGGCAGAGGAGAUCCCACGGAGAAGUGGGUGAACAACAACCUGGGUCUCUUCACACUGAAAACACCUCGGUGGUGGUCUGUCCCCGGUUUGUUUGUCCCGUCCCCACGUCCAGCAUGGCGUGGACCAAAUACCAGCUGUUCCUCGCGGGACUUAUGCUAACGACUGGCUCCCUCAACACAUUAUCGGCAAAAUGGGCUGACACGUUCCAAGCGAAGGGUUGCCAUGAUGACGGUGAUCAUCGCUUUAAUCAUCCAUUUGUACAGGCAGUGGGGAUGUUCCUGGGCGAGCUCAGCUGUAUCGCGGUCUUCUACAUCCUACUCUGCCAUGACAAACGUAGACCCGAACCCCAGAUGAACCCGGGCCAGAGCUUCAACCCUCUCCUCUUCUUCCCCCCGGCCAUGUGUGACAUGCUGGCCACCUCCAUCAUGUAUGUCGCUCUCAACAUGACCAGCGCCUCCAGCUUCCAGAUGCUGCGUGGAGCCGUCAUCAUCUUCACCGGUCUGCUUUCAGUGGCGUUCCUGGGGCGACGCCUGGUGCUGAGUCAGUGGCUCGGCAUCCUCACCACCAUCCUGGGUCUGGUGAUAGUGGGCCUCGCCGACUUCUUCAACGGGACCAAAGACGAACAGCACAAGCUCAGUGAUGUCAUCACAGGCGACCUCCUCAUCAUCAUGGCUCAGGUUAUAGUUUCAGUGCAGAUGGUCCUGGAGGAAAAGUUUGUCUACAGACAUGACGUCCAUCCUCUUCGGGCUGUUGGUACUGAAGGUUUCUUCGGGUUCGUCGUCCUGUCACUGCUUCUCAUCCCGAUGUAUUUCAUCUAUGUCGGCGACUUCGGCCAGAACCCUCGGAACGUCCUCGAGGACGCCCUGGAUGCCUUCUGUCAGAUCGGGCACCAGCCUCUCAUCCUGCUGGCUCUGCUGGGCAACACAGUCAGCAUCGCCUUCUUCAACUUCGCCGGGAUCAGCGUCACCAAAGAGAUGAGCGCCACCACCCGCAUGGUGCUGGACAGCCUGCGUACGCUCGUCAUCUGGGUGGUGAGCCUGGCCCUGGGGUGGGAGAAAUUUCAAGGCCUGCAGGUGCUGGGCUUCCUGGUCCUGCUGGUGGGCACAGGGCUCUACAAUGGACUGCACCGCCCCCUGCUGUCCAGGAUACCGUGCUGCGCUGGGAUGGUGAUGACAGAGGAGGAGGACAGUGCGGGAGAGAGAGAGAGACUGCUGAAUAAUGGCAGGGUGCAGGCCGGCGACGACAACUAGAACUUGAAUGUCUCAGUGUACUGGACUUUCAUGUAUGCUGUCAGCGAUAGUCUCUUUUUAAAUGUUUCUCAUUCACUCAGAUUUUAACUGACCUCACGAUGUUGUAAUAUGUGGGAGUGUGUAAGCUCUUUGGAAGGAGAAGUUUGGCAUUUUGGGAAAAAAAUUGGGAAAAAUCAAUCUUCUAAUUUAACUCUGUGCAAGAAAACAAAUUAGCUCCCACAGACAGUAGAGAGCUCAUCUUGAAGCAGCUUUUAUAUUAAAAUAUGGCUUUUUAAAGUUAGAAAUGGACGUGUGUCCUGAAACAAAACAAAAAUAAUGUAAAGACAGUGUCAACAUCUCCUCCUCUUACAUAUUUUUUAUUUUUAAACAAAAAAAACUUGAACUGUCAUUUUUUUUUUAGUGCUAAAUCACUAAAGCACAGGUUCAUGAAAAUUACUCUCACACACGAUGAAAAUGUCCUUUUAAAGUUUUAUUCAGAUUUAUUUUAGUAUUUCCUUUUGCUGGAUCAGUGUCACAUUUUUUAUGAUGAUGUUUUAAGAAUGGGUUUUAAUUUUUGUAAAUGUUGCUGACUGUGCUGUAUGACGGUGCCAAAGUGUUUCCGCUGGAUGCCAACACAAACGGAUGUUACAGAAGUUCAACACUUCCUUUGUAAUCAGACUGCAGGGUCGUUUUCUUAAUCUCAGUUUAGCGAACACAGACUGUAACGUGUGCAGGAAAGCAGUUUUAAAGAAGGCGUUUGUAUGUUUGCUCUUUAAGACUUAAAUUUGUGUUGAUUUAUUUGUGCAGAGCUCCUGCACAAUUUUGAUUUGCACUUAUCGUAAAUCCUGUUUCACCUCUAUUCAAAGGUGUUGGCUGUAAGGUACACUAAGAAAAGGGAACUGUCGUGGAAUAACACUUGUUAAAUGAUGUAACUUUAAUGGCAUUUUUACUCAGUGUGAUGUAAUCAGUUACAUUACAUUAGAGAUUUUUUUUUUAAAUACACUUCUGAAACAACCCACAAA